GGAAAAUUUGCAUGCCCAAUCAGUUUCAGAAUUAAAGUUUACACAAUGCCAAGUGAGUGGGCAAGGCUGAUGAGAUCACAUGACUGUGUAGAAACAUGAAACUUGCCUGUGUGCUCCUGCGAGUUUUACUUCUUCUCCCAGAGUAGGAGCGGAGCGCUCCCGGCGGACUCGCAUUCGCUCUCCCAGGCUAGACGCCCCGGCUCAUCCUCUGCUCCUUUAACCAGGGGCUCUCCGCCCACGCUUUCUGUUAGUGUCAAAACCGACUGAUGUUGCUCCUGGAGGGUGUUUGGUCUACCUGGUGAUUGGGAAAAGAAAAAGAAAAAUGGAGAGGUUUAAUAGGAUAGCUGUGCCAGCUGGACAGAAGCUGAGGCAACUUCAAAAGGUCUUCCAUGGUAUCGCAAACAACGAAGGUGGAAUAAUGAACAAAUUCAAAAAGUUAAAAAAUAAAGCACCACCCAGUGUGCCUCAAAGAGAUUAUGUUUCAGAAAGCCCGGUUGAUGAAGAGGAACAGUGGUCAGAUGACUUUGACAGUGACUAUGAAAAUCCAGAUGAACCCUCUGAUUCAGAAACCUAUGUGGUACCUGGAGAAGAAACUACAGAUGACAGCUAUGAACCUCCUCCUACAGAAAAAGAAAAAAGGAAGCUCCCCUCUGUGCUUCCAUUUUCCAAGGGAGAAUAUGCAGAUAAUCGAUCAAACCAGAGACAUUCUCCACCUUUCAGCAAGACACUUCCAAGUAAAGCAAGUUGGCCUUCCCAGAAAACAAAGCACUCAACUUCGCAGGUACCUCUUCCGCAGAAGCCUCAGUUCUCACCAAAGCCAAAAAACUGCUUGGAAGAUGAGACCGAUUAUGUGGUUCCUGUUGAAGAUGAAGAUGAAAACUACAUCCAUCCUACAGAAGGUGAUUCACUCCCAUCUGAACAAGCUCCCAAGGUGAACAGAUCCAUCAAACCUAGUUCUGCACCACCAACCUCUCCUCCACCUGUACCUGCUUUAGCCCCAGGAGAAGAGUAUGAAGUUCCUGUGACUGAGACACCACCUUUUUCCCCAUACCAAAAACCACCCAUCAAAACCUAUGACAGCAACAAUGCUGCAACUUGGGAAUCCAAGCCUCCUUCAUCAAUUCAAGCCCCAUCACCUCUCCCAAGGGCCAUAAAGAAAACAGCAACUCAGCUGAAAACAGCCCCAGGUCUCCCUCCAGCGAACACCUUGAGUGGUCAUGAAGGUAAAGAAAAGCCAGUACCUGCUGAACGUCACCGAGGCCGAACCCUUGGCCCGAGGAUGGAUCUCCCACACCCAUCAGCAUUUCCCACAGUCAACAAACCAAUCCAACAGAAACCUGUACCUCCACCAAAGCCUCCGGAGGUAUUAAGUCCCAGUAUGGAUAUUCCAUUACCCAACUUUCCAGCCAAUUCCUGUUUGUCAGAUCAGGAAGCUGAGGUUCACUGCAGACCAUGGUACGCUGGUUCCUGUGACCGAAAGUCAGCAGAGGCUGCAUUAUACAAAUCCAACAAGGAUGGAUCAUUUCUUAUAAGGAAAAGUUCUGGUCACAACUCCAAGCAGCCAUAUACAUUAGUUGUAUUCUAUAACAGAAGGGUUUAUAACAUCCCUGUGCGGUAUAUUGAAUCAACAAAACAAUAUGCUUUGGGCAGUAAGAAAAAUGGUGAAGAGCACUUUAAUAGUGUGGCUGAUAUAAUAAAGAAUCACCAACAUAUGCCUCUGGUUCUCAUCGACAGUCAGAACAACACCAAAGAUUCCACUAGACUGAAAUAUGCUGUUAAAGUUUCAUAGGAAGCAAGAAGAGAAAUGAGAUUAGCAUAGUUGCCUCAGAUGUCCCCAAUUCCCUACUUUUUUUAGAGACCUGAGAAACAUUCUCAAGGCCGCUCUUGGAUCACAGCUCAUGCACCAUGGACUGAGGCAGCUGGCACAGAGGGCACCAUCCCUUCAGAAGGAGAUCUUGAAGACUGUGUUGUCUAUUGUGUCUCAAGAUAAUGCUGUUAGUAUACAGUGAGGUUGAGAUGUUAUCACACCAUUGCCAUAAGACUCCAAACUAGACUGUAAGAAGCAGUUAGAGAAUGAGAAUUUUCAGUCAUUCAACUACAAGUUCUCUUCUAUUGAUCCAUUUUCAGCAGAAGAAAGAAAGCAAAGCCACCCAGCAAACAAGGUUGCUAAGAAACUGAGGCUGGGAAAAAAGAGCACUAAACUCAGAUGGCUGAGAUAUCCUGGGUAUCUUUUCUCAAACCCUGACAAUCACUUCUUGAUUAAACUUUUAAUGUAAAGGAAAAAAAGAUCAGAAUGUUAUGAUAUAGUCUAGACUGUACGUAGCAGGCAUGUAUUAUUGAGUGAUUGUUAUGACCUGUCACCACUCACUUCCUCCCACAGGGAGUGUGGAUGUACCCUAAAGCAUGGGGUCAGCUUUCUAAGAAAUCACUGUUCACUUCUGGGUUGGUUGGGGUUGUUCUACUCAUUAAAGAGAUGUCAUUGUUCUUCAUGCAUGUGUCUAUCGGUGGACCCAGAAGUAGGAUGAACAAAACACUUGAGUUCACAGCAAACCUUCUCCUAGAGAUGUGAUCAGUCCCCCAAAAAGGGGGUGAGGAGGGGUUAUGACAAUCAAAAUUGGACAAGAAUUCUAUUAUUUAGAAGCUGGCAACUCACCAUUGAAGAUAACUAUAUUUUAAUAAAAUGCUUAGUUUUUAUACA